GUCGAUGUCUGACAUUCCCAGGGUGUGGUCCUAUGUAGAGGUCAUACUGUCUCCACCAAUGACUGUAUGGGUCUCCACCAUCACAACUACAGUCUAUCUCCUCUGCUAUGACAAUCAAGGGAUCUUUACAGUGGAGGUUAACUCUAUGUGCACUUUCUGGGAAAAAAAGGAAACAUUUUAAAGCUUGUGUAUUGCGAGCUAAGCAAUUCUAGUCAUUGAUGACGGCAGAUCAAAAUUAGUAGCAGCAAGCAAGCAUGUACGUAAAAAAAAAAAAAAAAGAUGACUGAAGUUUCCACCAGACGUAUUGGAUGCACAACAUUUUUUCUUUUGAAGUUCCUCGCUGCAUUAGUUACAUGCAUCUUUGCCUGAACAUUGUAAUGGUCUAUGUUUGUCAUGGCCUAACAACAACAUGCUCUGUCAUCUCUACAGUACAUACAGUUGUCCCAAAUGGUUUUGAUCAGAGAUGACUGCAGUGUGGGGUCGUGCAUAUAUAUAUAUUAGUUCACAAGCAAAGCCCCCUUAAUUUUUUUAUUACUGUAGAUUUACACAUUGUACAAAACAUUAGGAACACCUGCUCUGUCCAUGACAUAGACUGACCAUGUGAAAGCUAUGAUCCUUUAUUGAUGUCACUUGUUAAAUCCACUUCAAUCAGUAGAUGAAGGGGAGGAGACCAGUUAGAGAAGGAUUUUUAAGCCUUGAGACGUGGAUUGUGUAUGUGUGCCAUUCAGAGAGCAAUGGGCAAGACAAAAUAUUUAUUUAAGUCCUUUUGAACGGGGUAUGGAAGUAGGUGCCAGGCACACCGGUUUGAAUAUGUCAAGAACUGCAACGCUGCUAGAUUUUUCAUCCUCAACCGUUUCCCGUGUGUAUCAAGAAUAGCCCACCACCCAAAGAACAUCCAGCCAACUUGACACAACUGUGCGAAGCAUUGGAGUCAACAUUAGACAGUAUCCCUGUGGAAUGCUUUCGACACCUUGUAGAGACCAUACCCUGACGAAUUGAGGCUGUUCUGAGGGGAGGGGGGGGGGGGUGCACUCAAUAUUAGUUCCUAAUGUUUUGUACACUUAGUGUAUAUUCCCUGUUACAAAAGACUGCUUUAUCACGUCGCCCUUUUAAGUAACAUACUGUAUGCUGGUGUCAUUGUGGUUAUGAGUCAAGGCCAUGUGACCAAGAAUGUAUUGUAAUGAGAUCAGUCAAAGAUGUUAGCUUUUUCUGGAAAAGUCGACAUGAGGGCAUUGGGUUAGGGUUGCUAAAAAAACUGACAAUAUCAAUAGCAGCUAUGUGUGAACAUUUUCAUAAACGUCUCAAACUGAAAAGAGCAAUAUAGAUGUAAUUGAAAAUGUGUUUCACUAGACUCUAAAUGAAUGGAGCUAAAUUAGGUGGUUAAUUCAUUGGGUUAAAUUGAGAUGUUUCAUGUAGUAGAACUGUCUCCAACGUUGUUUUCCCAUGAUCAUUUUUAUCAUAAAUCUAUUUGAUUUCCACUAUGUGCUGUCUGCUAUCGAGGGAGGUGGUAGAACUCUUUUCCACUUCUUUUCCUCCUAAUUUAACCCCUGGCUAUACUGUGACUGCUUUGGUUAUACAAUAUUCAACAGUGACACAAUAUUCAAUACAACAGAAUGAAUAUGAGUUUCACCAAUACAAGAAGCAUUCAUGUCAUGAUCAUUCUGAUUCUUAACGGGCCAAUCUCCAUUGGGAUUAUGUGGUUUGAGCUCUGGUGCACCACUUGUCACUAGGUUUUACUCAAAUAACCCACAAAUGCAUAGGACUUUUGCAAUAUGAAAAUAUCACAGAUUGUAAUCACAUGAUGCUGUUGAUCAACCUGUAUGACAGUCUGUUUUCUGCAUGUUAUUUGAGCUAUUUCAGUGAAGUGAGAGGGAAGUGAAACACUGUAUGUAGGAGGCUCAGCCUGUUCAAGGCUAGAUUACAUUGAGUAGUCUGCACUUGGAUGAUAUUGGUUUCUACAGGACUGGAAAUGCAAAUUGGAGAACCAUGUCAAAUUCAUGGGUUUCGUUUUAACAUGCGGCAUUGAAGACAUGAGCACUCUAAACAUAAUUUUGCCAGUGGAUAGUCUCUGGGACAAGUCUCUGGGAGUCUCUGGCCUGUGGGUGUAGGUUGAGACUCAGCCUGCGUAAAGUGUCUUUUGUUUUAGGACCUAGUUUGACCUAAUCCUAUGUUAAAUCGUUUCAGCUGAUCAAGCAGGGAAACAGUUUGAUGUAAUCCUAAUUUGGCUGGUUUCAGUUUUCUAGCAAUAUUGUUGAGCGUUUUUGGAGUUGCCUUGCGCAAUUAAGAAGUGUAUCCUUAGCUCGUUUUUGGGGAUAUGAAAGGAACUUAUUUUUUUAUCACUGAUAUUGAAGUGAAAUAGUUGGUAACAGUUAUGUCUGACCAGUUGCUCUCUAAUGAGCGGUCUUUACCCCUCUUCAUGCGGUUGUGUUACGCAGCUGGUCACUUUAUGAACGACCUCUGCGCGUCAUUAUGGUUUACCUACCUAUUAGUCUACUACCAUUCCGUGCUUGGGUUCAAGAGCACAUAUGCAGGUGUAUUGCUGUUUAUAGGUCAAAUAGCGGACGGUGUCUCCACGCCCCUUGUCGGUAUCGAGUCGGAUCGAACAGCUGGAUGUGGAGCAUAUGGCAAAAGAAAAACUUGGCAUUUAGUCGGCACUAUCAGCGUACUUAUCUCCUUUCCCUUCAUAUUUAACCCGUGUCUGGGAUGUGGUGACAACACUCCACAGUGGGUGUGGCUCACCUAUUUCACCCCCUUCAUCAUCAUCUUCCAGUUUGGCUGGGCCGCCACCCAGAUCUCCCACCUGUCACUCAUCCCAGAGCUGGUGUCCAGUGAGCAUGCCAAGGUGGAGCUCACUGCCUACAGGUAUGCGUUCACGGUGGUGGCCAAUAUUACAGUCUAUGCUGUGGCCUUGUUACUCUUUCACUUCCAGGCCCAGCAGACUGGAGAUCCCUCUGUCACUGACAGCUUGGGCAUUGUUGACAUCCCCAUAUUCAGGGAUCUGUCCCUCAUUGUGCUGGGGAUCGGGGCAGUGUUUUCUUUCGUCUUCCACCUGGGCACCCGAGAGAGGGUUCCUCACAGGGAAGAGCCAGGCUCGCAGAAUGAUGAGAGUCAACCCCUGAUCUCCCCAACUUCCCAUAACACUAUACCCCAAUCUCUCCUCCAAUGGAAUCAUUGGCUGAAGGAGCCUUCAUUUUACCAGGUUGCUUGUCUGUACAUGAGCACCAGGUUGAUAGUCAACUUGUCCCAGACCUACGUUUCCAUGUAUCUCAUCAACUCCUUAUUGCUACCAAAGAACUUCAUUGCCACCGUUCCUUUAGUGAUGUAUGUCAGUGGGUUUGUGUGCUCUCUGGUCAUGAAGCCAAUCAGCAAGCUUGUAGGCAUUAGUAUGACUUAUUUGCUAGGCCUUGUGCUGAUCCUGGGGUUUUCCUCCUGGGUGUUGGUGGGCAUGAACAUAGGGAGGCUGAUCUAUGGAGCUGCUGUACUGCUGGGUGCAGGCUCUGCCACCAUCCUGGUCAUGUCGCUCUCCAUGACGGCCAAACUGAUUGGAGAACAGACGCAAAGUGGGGCCUUUGUGUACGGGGCGAUGAGCUUCACAGAUAAGGUGGCCAAUGGCAUUGGUGUCAUCAUAAUCCAGAGACUGCAUCCCUGCAAUUCACAAGACAGCUGUCCAGAAAGUGUGUGGUUCUAUCGAGAUGUCAUGGUGAUUGUGACCGGGGGUGUGGCCUUAGCAGCAGCAUUUUCCCUAUGCACCCUCCUCAUCUGGCCUAUUAGGAUUCGCCAACGUUUACCCAGUACUUCUGUCCAGAUGGAGGCAGAAGACAACAGAGAAUGAGGCUACACAGGAAUCAAGUGAAGAACAGAGAUUCAUUACACUGAUUAAUCUGUGGGGAAAACAUUGUGCCGGUUUACAGGACAAAGACCAGGAGAUUUUCAGUAUACCCAUUGGAAAUAAAACAGAAACUCUACAGCAAGACUAACACCACCAUAUCUAUCUAUACCUUUUAACCAAUUUAGAUGUAAUGCAUUUAUGGGGAAUUUAUGGAGGGAAAUAAUUUUUACAAUGUUUAUUUAACUAGGCAAGUCAGUAAAGAACAAAUUCUUAUUUACAAUGAUGGGUACCAAUAAAUGGGUACAAUAUUCUACUUUAUAAUAAUACUGUGUACUGUAGGCCUACUUACAUGUCAAUGUUUUACACUUAAAAGGGAAUCACUUUUUUCUCACUUUUUCUUCCAUAGAUGUUCUGAAAUAAUACUUGUGUAGUGACUGUCUCCAUUAUUUCCUUCAGAUUUUCAAUGUACAGAUUUUGAAAUUGUCAGUCACGCAGAGAUGUAAACUGUAUUUGUAUGAUUCUUUUCAUAUUUAAAAUGUUAAUGUCUUGUUUCCUUUAAGAUUUUGAGAGCUUUUGGACACAUUUGCCUGAUGCAUGGUGGAAAAAAUGACCACAAUGCCUAGUUUCUGAUGAAGAUGAGUUAUCUCAGAGGAAAAAACAUUUACAUCUCACUCACAUCUUCACUGAGAGAGAUGAGACAAUCAUCAGUACAGUUGCAUACUAUUUUCCACAGGUGGGCUCCCUGGGUAGCAAUCGCAAUUGACCACGUUGCAGGUUGGAUUUAUGUGGUUGUUAAGGUUGAAUUUAAUGUUGUGAGUAACACAUUGUAACCAUUUGGUGAGUACAGUCAGUUGAGUCCUAGGUUAUGAAAUAUAAUCAAGAGAAGCAAAGAGAGAAAAGGUCCUUUCAUUAUUCUCUGUGAGAUGGGCUUGUUGCUCAGCCUACAGCCAUCUAACUGAUUCCCCAAAGCACUGUUUAGAGAUGCGGUCUUGGGUAAUUUGGAGGGCGGGCGUCAUCACUGCUUGUUAGUUGAACCACUAAUUGGAGUCUGUGCUGGCAAUUGGUGGGGGGCGGGAGUGGUGGUACACUGUGAGUGGUCCCCUCAGGGGCUAUAGAUUUGGAACAGUGUUGUACAGAAAGCACACCAUCAUCAGAGGCUUAUUCAGGACUGACACCCUUCUUUGUUUUCAAAAGUCCAUAUGACAAAUGCAUUUUUUAGAUUACAUUUUUGUUGCCCCAUUUAAAUGUUAUCAUACUGUAUAUCAAGAUAGUCUACACGCCAUUCUACACCACUAGUUGCUUCAUCAGUUGUGUCUUGGAAAAUGAACCACCUCCUACCAAGAAGGAACAUAUCACAUGGUCAUUUACUUGUCAACUGUAGGCCAACUUGUCAACUACAGCUAUCAUGCUUCCUUCAGGAGGAAUAUUUAAUCAGUGGAUAAAUCCCAUUAAAUCUGAGCUCUUUCUCA